AUGCCAAGCAACAGCAUCAAGUUAUUAGCGGGUAACUCGCACCCUGAAUUGGUGCACUUGAUAGCCCAGAGGUUGGGGUUGGAGCAGUCCAAGAUUGGUGUCUACCAGUACUCCAACCAAGAAACCGCCGUAACUAUCGGCGAGUCGUUGAGAAAUGAGGACGUCUACAUCAUCCAGACCGGCUGCGGUGAGGAAGAAAUUAACGACUUCUUAAUGGAAUUGUUGAUCAUGAUCCAUGCCUGCAAAACCGCCAGCGCCAGAAGAAUCACCGCCAUCAUUCCAAGCUUCCCCUACGCCAGACAGGAUAAGAAGGAUAAGUCCCGUGCUCCUAUCACCGCAAAGUUGAUUGCCAAGUUAUUGGAGACUGCUGGGUGCGACCAUGUGAUCACCUUAGAGUUGCAUGCGUCUCAAAUCCAAGGGUUCUUCCGCAUCCCAGUGGACAACUUGUACGCCGAGCCUUCUGUGUUGAAAUAUAUUAAGGAAACCACUGACAUGAAUAACUGUAUCAUCGUUUCUCCGGACGCUGGUGGUGCCAAAAGAGCGGCAUCCUUGGCCGACCGCCUCGACUUGAACUUUGCGUUGAUCCACAAGGAACGCGCCAGACCAAACGAGGUCUCCAAAAUGACCCUUGUUGGGGACGUUACCGGCAAGUCCUGCUUGUUGGUUGACGACAUGGCUGACACCUGUGGCACUUUAUGCAAGGCUGCCGAUACUUUGUUGGCCAACGGCGCCAAGGAGGUUAUUGCUAUCGUCACUCAUGGCAUCUUCUCUGGUAACGCUGCUGGCAAGUUGAACGAGUCCAAGUUGAAGAAGAUUGUUUGCACCAACUCCAUGCCGGUUGGUGACUUGCAAGUCAAAAAGUUGGAGCAGAUCGACAUCAGUGCCACCUUAGCCGAGGCCAUCAGAAGAUUGCACAACGGUGAAAGUAUCUCCUAUCUUUUCACCAACCAGUGUUAG